AUGUCGCAACAUGUACGUCGCUAUGGCAAAUAUAUAAGCGAGAAAAUUUACACAUACAGGCUAUGUGCUUUUGAUUUUUGCAAAGUGAAACGAGGGCGUGAGGAUGGCCUUCUGCGAACAAUGAAUACGGACAAGGUGGUUGCUGUAUAUGCAUUGGAAAACUACAUCCAAAAUGACGGGGAUUUAUUACUGAAAACGUUGCCGAUUUUGCAAAAUCAAAUUGACGCUCUUCUCGAAUUUCAAGUGACAUCGGCUGAAUUGAAUAACGGCGUGAUCAAUUGCUCUUUCAUCCUUCUGUUUCGCGAUCUCAUUCGUCUGUUUGCUUGUUACAACGACGGUAUCAUCAAUUUGCUGGAGAAAUAUUUCGAUAUGCACAAAAAGCAGUGUCGCGAGGCUCUCGACGCAUACAAAUCAUUCCUCGUUUGUUUUAUUAUUUCGCGUAAAUUCCCAUAA